AUGGGUUUUGGAAAACGAUCUGACGGUGUUAAAAGAAGAAAUAAGGCCAUCUCCAUGAGACGUUGGGUUUGUCAAAGAGAAGGUUUUAGACAAGAGCAAUAUAUAAACAUGCUAGAUCACAAGAAACGACCUAGAGCAAUAACAAGAGUGGGUUGUCAAGAAGCUCUAAGGGUAGUUCAUAUGAAAGAUAACAACUUCUGGCUGGCUAAAGAGUUUAGCCACGAACAUAAUCAUGAUUUGGUGUCUAUCCCAGAGUUGCAGUUCCUCAAGUCGAACCGGGUGGAAUCUGAUGAUUUACUUUCACAAGUUCGUUUGAUGAACUCAGCCGGGAUAAAGACUUCUCAAAUUAUGUCCCACGUUGCUAUGCAUUCCAGAAGGUAUGAGAGAAUGUCGUGUCAAGUUAGAACACUACAAGAAAUUCCAGUAUUAGCGGCAGGGGACUCCGCCGCUAAUAAUGUCGAUAUCCGCCGCUAA